AUGAGCAUCGAUACCACGCCUUCAAAGAAGGCUGCCUCCCGCAUUGAGAGUCUGAAGAUGGAGUCACCCGUCAAGAUGCAGAAGCUAGCCACCGAAGAGAACAAAGAGAACCUCGACGCCCGCUACGAGGCCGACGAGGUCGCCGUCCCCAUCAAGGGCAUCCCCGAACUGCCAGAGGAUGAGCCAAAGGUUGCAGAGACCGGUGUCGCGCCCACAAUAAAGGAGGAUGAGAUGGACGAGCCCAUACUGCGGGAGAACGCGAACAGAUUCGUGCUGUUCCCGAUCAAAUAUCACGAGAUAUGGCGGAUGUACAAGAAGGCCGAGGCGUCCUUCUGGACCGCAGAGGAGAUUGACCUGUCGAAAGACCUCCACGACUGGAACAAGCGCCUCAAUGACGACGAGCGCUUCUUCGUCUCCCACGUCCUGGCUUUCUUCGCCGCAUCCGAUGGCAUUGUCAACGAGAACCUGGUCGAGCGCUUCUCCGGUGAGGUGCAAAUACCUGAGGCGCGCUGCUUCUACGGCUUCCAGAUCAUGAUGGAGAACAUCCACUCUGAGACCUACUCCCUCCUCAUCGACACAUACAUCAGCGAGCCCAAGCAACGCACAUACCUGUUCAACGCCAUCGACAACAUCCCAUGCAUCCGUAAGAAGGCUGACUGGGCGUUGCGGUGGAUCUCGGACAAGGACUCUACCUUCGCCUGCCGCCUCAUCGCCUUCGCUGCCGUCGAGGGAAUCUUUUUCUCCGGCUCAUUCGCCGCCAUCUUCUGGCUCAAGAAGCGUGGUCUCAUGCCUGGCCUCACCUUCUCUAACGAGCUCAUCUCUCGCGACGAGGGCAUGCACACCGACUUCGCCUGCCUUCUCUACUCACACCUCAACAACAAGCCCUCAGCAGCCCUCGUCGAGUCCAUCAUCACAGAGGCCGUCACUAUCGAGCAGGAGUUCCUCACAGACGCCCUUCCCUGCGCACUCCUCGGCAUGAACUCGAAGCUCAUGUGCCAGUACAUCGAGUUCGUCGCCGACAGACUACUACUCUCGCUCGGCAACAGCAAGUUCUACCACGCCACCAAUCCCUUCGACUUUAUGGAGAACAUUUCGCUCGCGGGCAAGACCAACUUCUUCGAGAAGCGGGUGGGAGACUACCAGAAGGCGGGCGUCAUGGCGUCGACCAAGAAGCACGACGAGAAGAAGCCUGGUGCCGUGGCCGAGGCUGCGCCCGUCAUGAACGGCGACUUUGCUUUUGACGAGGACUUCUAG